AUGCCCUGUCCCAGCUCCUGCCCCCCCGGGCUCUUAGCCCUGAUGGCACCUGGGCUGGCUCUCAUGGCCACCUUCUCGCUGCCCUCCCAGGCCGGGGACAGGAGAGCGCUGCCGGUGGAGAAACCUCCAGGUGUGAAGGGAAGAACUCUCAUUCUCCUUGAUGUCAACACCAAGAGCCCUGUCAGGAUAAUCAGUGAGAAUUUCCUCUCCCUGCAGCUGGACCCCUCCAUCAUUCAUGAUGGCUGGCUCGAUUUCUUAAGCUCCCGGCGGCUGGUGACCCUGGCCCGGGGCCUGGCCCCCGCCUUCCUGCGCUUCGCGGGCAAGAGGACGGACUUUCUGCAGUUCCACAACGUGAAGAACCCGGCCAAGAGCCGCGGCGGGCCCGGCCCCGACUACUACCUCAAGAACUACGAGGACGACAUUGUUCGCAGCGACAUUGCCCUGGAUAAGCAGAAAGGCUGUAAGAUCGCCCAGCAUCCUGACAUAAUGUUGGAGCUACAGAGGGAAAAGGCAGCUCAGAUGCACUUGGUUUUGUUAAAGGAGCAGUUUUCAAACACAUACAGCAACCUCACAUUAACAGCCAGGUCUCUAGACAAACUCUAUAACUUUGCUGACUGCUCUGGCCUUCACCUGAUCUUUGCACUGAAUGCUUUGCGCCGAAAUCCCAACAACUCCUGGAACAGCUCCAAUGCCCUCAGCCUGCUGAAGUACAGUGCCAGCAAGAAGUACAACAUCUCCUGGGAGCUGGGCAACGAGCCCAAUAACUAUCGGACCCUGAUGGGCCGCUCGGUGAAUGGCAGCCAGCUGGGGAAGGACUACGUCCAGCUGAGAAGCCUGCUGCAGCUUAUCCGCACUUAUUCCCGAGCAAACCUCUAUGGGCCGAACAUUGGGAGGCCCAGAAAGAACGUCAUCGCUCUCCUGGAAGGGUUCAUGAAAGUGGCUGGCAGCACGGUGGAUGCUGUUACCUGGCAACAUUACUACAUUGAUGGCCGAGUGGCCAAAGUGACUGACUUCCUGAAAACGCGCCUGUUAGACACGCUCUCUGACCAGAUCAGGAAAAUCCAGAAAGUAGUGAACACGUACACGCCGGGGAAGAAGAUCUGGCUGGAAGGCGUUGGCGCAACCUCGGCCGGAGGCAUGAACAACCUCUCCGAUUCCUAUGCGGCCGGGUUCCUGUGGCUGAACACGCUGGGCUUGCUGGCCAGCCAGGGCAUCGACGUGGUGGUGCGGCACUCCUUCCUUGACCACGGCCACAACCACCUGGUGGACCAGAACUUCAACCCCUUGCCGGACUACUGGCUGUCCCUGCUCUACAAGCGCCUUAUCGGUCCCAAGGUCCUGGCGAUCCACGUGGCCGGUCUUCAGAGGAAACCCCGGCCUGGCAGAGUCAUUCGCGACAAGCUCCGCAUUUACGCCCACUGCACCAGCUACCAUAACCACAACUACGUCCGGGGAUCCAUCACCCUUUACAUCAUCAACCUGCAUCGCUCCCGGAAGAAAAUCAAGCUGGCGGGGACGCUGCGGGAUAAGAUUGUCCACCAGUACCUGCUGCAGCCCUACGGCAAGGAUGGGCUCCACUCCAAGUCAGUCCAGCUCAACGGGCAGCCACUGGCCAUGGUGGACGACGGGACCCUCCCUGAGCUAAAGCCUCGUCCGCUGCGGGCCGGCCGCACCCUGGUCAUCCCCCCACUGACCAUGAGCUUCUACGUGGUGAAGAACGUGAAUGCGCUGGCCUGCCGGUAUCGAUAG